CGAAAAAUUCGCCCCCGGACGGUAUUAACUUCAACAGUACUAGUGACAGUGCAAUGUACGAAACGGUACUUGGUAUUGAUUUCCUAUCCGUACUUUUUUCAGGUAGGGCAGCCUCGUGACGGGCCCGAGAGCUAUAAAUAAGGUGAUCAUGUUGGCUCUCACCAACGUCACUGCGCUCGACCUAUGCCUUGCUUGUGUCGGAGUAUAUUUGCUUAAGCAAGUCUUCAAUAAGAAGAACCCUCCAUAUCCCCCUGGUCCUCCAGGGUGGCCUAUCAUUGGGAACGUCCUGGACAUGCCCUACAUCAGGCCCUGGCUCACCUUCACAGAUUGGGGUAAUAAGUAUGGUGACAUUUCGCAUAUUAAUGUUCUCGGUCAACACAUCGUAGUGGUGAACUCUGUCAAGACUGCGAUGGACAUGCUGGACAACAAGAGCACCAUUUACUCUGACCGUCCUACUCUUCCUGUUGGCGGCGAACUUAUUGGCUGGAAGAACGUUAUGGUUCUCCUCCCUUAUGGCGACCAGCUGCGCCGGCACCGCAAAAAUUUCCACGGCGUCAUUGGCACCCGCGCCGCUGUGUCCAUAUACAACCAGGUCGUGGAGGUCGAGACUCACCGGUUCCUCAAGCAUGUGCUCGCGAAACCCGAUCAACUGCAGGCGCAUGUUCGACACACCGCUGGCGCUAUGAUUCUGCGCAUCUCUCAUGGGUACGAGGGGAAAGAGAACGACGAUCCCUUCGUCGACCUUGCAGACCGCGUUAUGGCCCAGUGGUCGCAUGUCACCGCUCCUGGGGCUUUCCUGGCUGAUGUUGUGCCAUUCUUGAUCAAGGUCCCCGAAUGGUUCCCUGGUGCUGGCUUCAAGCGUCUGGCCCACGAAUGGCACGAUGACCUUGAAGAAUUGGUUUGUGCACCACACAAGUUCGUCGUGGAUCAGAUGGCUGCUGGCACUGCCCCGGAGUCUUUCACAUCGAAUCUGUUGAGAAGCGGUAGUUUGUCAGCUGAAGACAAGCACAUCGUGAAAUGGUCUGCUGCAGCCCUAGACGCCGGUGCUUCUGACACAGUUGGUCCCUCGCUCUAUAUUUCUAACAAUCAUCUUCUGAGAGCGGCACACUUUUCCCAGACUGUCUCUACUAUCAAUGCGUUCUUCCUAGCUAUGACGCUAUUCCCUGACGUGCAGAAGAAGGCUCAGGCUGAAAUAGAUGCUGUCGUCGGUCCUGAUCGUCUUCCCUCCUUCGCCGACCAAGAUUAUCUCCCCUACAUCGGAGAGAGACCCUACGAUGGGAUGCUGUUAUUCCUACCGGUUUGUUUUGCCCACUGCGUCUCUAAGGACGACAUCUAUGACGGGUACUGCAUCCCAAAAGGUUCCUUGAUAAUGACUAACAUCUGGUUCAUGAUGAACGACCCGAAGAACUAUGCUAACCCUUCGCAAUUCAAUCCUGAACGCUUUUUAGGCAAGGAGCUUGAGGCAGACCCACGCACGAUCUGCUUUGGUUUUGGAAGACGUAUUUGUCCAGGUAUUCAUCUCGCUGAAGCCUCGGUCUGGUUGUCCGCUGUGAUGUCACUGGCCAUGUUCGAUAUCUCGAAGGUCGUCGAGAACGGUAUUGAGAUCACCCCUGAGGUCGAUCCGUUAUCAGGCACAAUCAGCCACCUUAAACCUUUCAAGUGUUCUAUUGAACCUCGCUCUUCAAGAGCCGUCGCGCUCAUUGAACAGGACGUUGAAUAUUGA